AUGAGUCGAGUCACACCACUAUCACCCUCACAGCAGAGUCAAAUAACGCCCUCAACAACGACAUUAUCCUUUAAAUCUUCGGAUUCUAAGGGUCAACAGAUGAAUAAUUCUGCUAGUACAAUUCAAAUAUUAAAUUCAAGACCAAUAUCAGCAUCAGGUACGCAAAGAAGUAAUUCACUUUUUGAUGAAACUUACAUUACUUCAAACUCUGAAUUUGAAGCGGAGAGAAUUGAUAAACAAAUGCCAGUCAUGAUGAGAUUAGAAUCAGCAGUAUUUGAGCCUAAGAAGAAUACUUAUGAUCCAAAUCAAUUUUCAUCAAGUACUUUAAAUUUAAAUUCUAAAAGUGAAACUAAUCUAUCAACUAUGGCUUUAAAUGAUCCAACUCCAUCUGAAACAGGUAGCAUUUAUUCAUUAGCUUCAAGUCCAAGAACAAUUUCCAUAACCUUUUCUUUAUUAACUUCAGUUGAAGUUGAAAAACAAGUUGUUUUAUUAUCUUUAUAUAGAGCUGAAUUAUAUGUUUCUGAUUUUUUAGAUCUAGGAAGGAAAUUAACAGUUUUACAAAAACAAAUGAUUACUGAUAAUUAUUAUUCCAAGUUUGAAACUGAUGAUUAUUUCAACACUUUUAAUAAUUACAAAUCAAUUUUAAAAUCACUUGCUGCAGUUCACAAACAUAAUAAGGCUUCUUUCUUUUUAUUUGAUUUUACUUCUCGCAAUGCUGAUUACAUUUAUGUAAAUACAAAACAAACCGAAACAAGAAUUUGGAAUUCCAAAUUAUAUGAUAAUCAACAAGAAUAUUAUUACAUGUCAAAUAUUGAAUCUUUACCAUAUUCCAACAUUACUAAAUAUAACUUGACGAAGGAUUUAAAAUUUGAUGUUAUUGGAUAUAUUGAACAAGAAUUUUGGAAUCCGUUCGCAGAAACAUAUUUUAAAUUAUCACAAUCGUAUGAUAAAGCUCUUGUACCAAUGUCAGUACAAACACAAGGUGCUGACAGUGUUGAAGAACGAGUUUACAUUUGUUAUCAGGAGAAUGUCUAUUCUCAAAUUAAUGAAACAAAAUUCCUAGGCGUUACAAGUGCAAAUGUUGUGGUGAGAGAAUUGGCUUCCUUUAUUAAGAAUUAUCAUGUUUCAGCAAGAGGUUUUGCACUUGUUGUAGAAAUGAAUUAUGAUCAAGAAUCAAAUACAUUGAAAAAGAGAAUGGUUGCCUAUAAAGAUUAUAAUCAAUUGGCAAAGAAAGAUCCAGAAAGUACAGGUGGUUAUAAAAUACCAGACGCAGAAGAAAUUGAAGAUUUGUUUUUAAGAUUUGUUAUCACACAGAUUAUACCUAAUAAUGUUCAUGAUGUGAAUAUCAAAUCAGAAGAAUUGUUUAGAUUCAUGUAUGGAGGUGAAUCUUAUUUAAUGGCUUUUAAGAUUGUUUCAUCUUCAAAAGAUUUAAACAUGCAAUGGUUGACUAUUAUUUGUGCUCCUGAAAUUGAUUUUAUUGGUAAUUUACUUUUAUUAACAGGUCUUAAUAUUGGUGUUAGUAUAUUAGCAUUCUGUUUUUCAAUGGUAUUUGUAUUCUAUUUUGCCUCUUCAAUUUCUAAACCAUUAUUAUAUUUCUCAUCUGAGAGUAAAGCCAUUUCAAAUCUUAAAGUACAUCGUGGAGGAAUUAUCAAGACUAGAAUUCGUGAAAUUUUACUUUUAUCUGAAGCUUUUGAAAAGAUGAAGACAACAUUGAGAUCAUUUAUGAGAUUUGUUCCUCGUCAAUUAAUUGUGGAAAUGGUAGAAAAGGGAAUUGAAAUGAAAUUAGGUGGUCAUAUUCAUGAAAAUAUUACAAUUUUAUUUUCAGAUGUUGAAGACUUUACAACAUGGAGUGAAAAAUUAGAACCACAAUUUUUAAUUAGACAUGUUUCUGAAUAUUUCCAUGUCAUGACAGAAGAAAUUGUGAAUGAAGAAGGUACACUUGAUAAAUAUAUAGGUGAUGCAGUAAUGGCAUUCUGGGGAGCUCCUAAUUUUAUGUAUGACACUUCAAUGAGAGCUUGUAGAGCUGCUAUUAAAUGUCAAGAAAGAAUGGACAAGUUGAGAAAAAUAUGGGAGAAACAAAACAAACCUUUAUUUAAAUGUAGAAUUGGAUUACAUACUGGUUCAUGUAUUAUUGGUAAUAUUGGUUCUUUAUGGAGAUUAAAUUAUACUGCUUUGGGUGAUUCUGUUAAUUUAGCAUCAAGAUUGGAAGGUCAAAAUAAGUUUUAUGGAACUGAAAUUUUAAUUAGUCAAGAUACUUAUAAGAAUGUUGCUAGUAGUUUUAAUUGUAGAAGAAUUGAUACAGUUGGUGUAAAGGGUAAAUCGGUUGGUAUUACUAUUUAUGAAUUAAUUUCAAGAAAGGAAGAAACUAUACCAAAUCCUAAAAUUGAAACACGUUUGAAAUUAACUCCAAUUUAUGAAUCUGCACUUGCUGAAUAUCAAUUAGGAAGAUUUACUGAAGCACUUAAAUUGUUAAUGACAAGAUGUCAAGAUAUUGAUUGUAAUGACUUGGCUACUCAAACGUUAAUUGAUAGAUGUAAAGAAUACAUUCAAUAUCCACCAUAUAAUUGA